UUGGUGAGGAAUGCAAAGGAAGGUGUUUUGUUAGUUCCUUUUUGAAAUCUGCAUACAAGCCAGGCUUCUGCCUUUGAAAGUAUUUAUUCUGGCCUUCCAUGAUCAGUUUAGAGAGUCACUAGCCAAAUGAAGAUUCAAAGGGACGCUGAAUCAAGAGAGCAUAUAUGAGGUUUUGUAUUUAAAUGUUUUGGUGGUCAAUACGUUUUACUUAUGUGUACGUCUGAUUGUUAUUAAAAUCAUAAAUUCAGAAAUUUUCUUGGAAAAGGCUUAGGAAGCCUUCACGCAACUCAUUACUGAUGCUACUUUUAACAGAGUAUGUCUGAGAAGCCCAACAAAUAUGUUCCUCGUGUCUCUGGAGCUGUGGAUCAGAAAGGGCCAAGUAUAUUAAAUGGACAAGUAGAAGGAGCAGAUCAGAAUGCUGAGGAAGAUUCUAUAGCCAGGCUUUCCGACAAACCUGGUCUUGAUGAUUCAUGGCCUACAUCAGCUAGCCAAGACUUCGAUUUUGGUACCAAGGAAGGAACAGCAAAGUCAGCAAUGGAAGCAAAGCAAGAUGGUGUUGGUAUUAUUGAAAAUGUGCCACCGGAGCAAACAGUUAAUGACAGUUUGACUUCUGCUGGUGGAGUGCAUAAAAAUUACAGAAGCGUAUCCCAAGUACUGCCCCCUUUUGCUUCCGGAAAAUCUUGA